AUGGACUCGGAUGCAAACGACAGAAGCCAAAGAGAACGCCCCGAGCAGCAAAAUCGCGCGUCCAGCAGCAAACAACGCAAGUCUACCGCCAUCACAGAAACGAGAGAUGGUUGUCGAGCAGGACCGGUCUUGAUCCAGUGUGGCGGUGGUGAGACGGCGGACUAUGGAGGGCUCUACCCGCCCUUACAAGCUGGCCAGAUCAGGCUGUUCACGAUUGCGCCUCGGGAGACCCGCGACGAUGAACUGCGACUUACGUUGCGUGUCUGUCGUCUUUUGGAUGUCGAUGACGACUACAUAGCAAUCUCAUCCACAUGGCUCGACGAGGUGUUCAGUGUCACUGCUCAAGAGCAGCGAUCGCAUGUGUCCGUGAUCUGUAACGGACGGCCACAUGCUCGUGCGACGAGGUUGUGGCCUCUACUUGAAAGACUGAACGGGAAACUUCAAUACAUGUCAUUAUCGUCUGAUUUUUGGCUCGAUGCUAUUUGCAUUAAUCAAGACGAUCAAGCCGAGAGAGGUCACCAGGCAGCCCUGAUGGGUGAGAUAUAUUCGGCCGCCAGCAUAGUGUAUGCUUACAUUGGUGCCGAACCAGAAGCUCGGGGCAGCAAAGGCGACGAUGUUGAUGUGUUUGCAACCGUGCUACAACACGACUACUUCUCACGAAGCUGA